CGCAACGCAACAAAUUCACAAUUCAAACCUACCCCCUCUCCCCUCCUUCCAAGACGAGGAGGACCAAAACUCCCGCACGGAACCCGACCCCGACCCAGCCGCACACCGAGACAACCACACGACACGCCCUCUCCCCCUCCCUCCGCAUGCGCCGCCGCUGCCGCUGAUCGCUCCAUCGAUCGGCGCGCGGCCAGCGCCCAUGGAUCUCGCAUCCUCCUCGUCGGCGGCGCCGGCUCCCCCGUGGUGGCUCACCUCGCGCACGUGCGACGUGCUCCCCUCCGCGUCCCCCUCCUCUUCGGGAUUUGCGGAGUGGGCCGCCUUCCUCUUCCUCUCCGACUGCUCCCAGCGGGUGCUCCUCUCCGCGCUCGCCUCCCUCUUCCUGCUCCUGCUCCUCUGCUUCGCUCUGCGCAGGGCCGUCUCGUCGUCGUCGUCGUCGCGGCGGCGAAGGGGUGGUGCUGAUGGGAUCGACGGCGACGAUGGCAAGCGGCCGCUGCUCCACCGCCCUGGGCCGGCCCCCGCGGUGCGGGUCGGGGUGGGGUACGUCGUCGCGCUCUCGGCGUCGCUCGCCCUCGCCGUGUUCUACGCCGUGCUGCUGGUGCUCUCGCUCGUGACGCGGGGAGGAGGAGGCGGCGUGCUGGAGCCGGUGUUCCUGGCGCUGCAGUGCGCCGCGCACCUCGCCGCGGCGGCGGUGGUCGCCCACGAGAAGCGGUUCCGCGCGGUGCACCACCCGCUCACGCUCCGCCUCUUCUGGCUCGCGGCGUCCGCGCUCGCCGUGCUCCUCGCCGGCUCCGCCAUCGCUCGCCUCGCCUCCGGCGCAGCCGCCCUCCCCGACGACGCGCUCGCGAUCGCCGUGCUCGUCCUCUCCCUUCCCCUGCCUCUCCUCGCGAUCGCCGGCGCCACCGGCAUCACCGUCGUCGUCGCCGCGGCGGAGAGCAGCCACGAAGAGGGCGCCGAGGGGAACGGGAACGGCGAGGACGUGAGGGACUACAAGAACGUGACGCUGUACGCGACGGCGUCGUGGCCGUCGCGGCUGAUGUGGGCGUGGAUGCACCCGCUGCUGAAGCGCGGGUACCGCGCGGCGCUGGACCUGACCGACGUGCCGACGCUGGCGCCGGAGCACCGGCCGGAGCGCAUGUACGAGCUGUUCCUCUCCAACUGGCCGGCGGCGUGGGCGACCAAGGACAACAACCCGGUGCGCCACGCGCUGCUCCGCUGCUUCUGGCCGCUCUUCCUCCUCAACGCGUCCCUGGCUGUGCUCCGGCUGACGGUGAUGUACGUGGGGCCGACGCUGAUCCAGAGCUUCGUGGACUUCACGUCGGCGUCGCCGCGACGGCCGCUGUGGGACGGCGUGCGGCUGGUGGCGGCGCUGCUGGCGGCGAAGACGGCGGAGGCGUUCUGCAGCCACCAGUACAACUUCCACUGCCAGAAGCUGGGGAUGCAGAUCCGCGGCGCGCUCAUCACGGCGCUCUACCGCAAGGGCCUCCGCCUCUCCUGCUCCGCGCGCCAGAAGCACGGCCUCGGCAUGAUCGUCAACUACAUGGCCGUCGACGCGCAGCAGCUCUCCGACAUGAUGCUCCAGAUUCACUACCUCUGGCUCAUGCCGCUCCAGGUUGGGGUGGCGCUGGGAUUGCUGUACUUGUACUUGGGCCCGCCGGUGACGGCGGCGCUGGGCGGUGUGGUGGCGGUGAUGAUGUUCGUGCUGGCGGGGGCGCGGCGGAACAACCGGUACCAGUUCCGGCUGAUGACGGAGCGAGACAAGCGGAUGAAGGCGACGAACGAGAUGCUCAACUACAUGCGGGUGAUCAAGUUCCAGGCGUGGGAAGAGCACUUCAGCGCCCGCAUCGAGGCGUUCCGGCGCGGCGAGUUCGGGUGGCUCACCCGCUUCAUGUACUCCAUCUCGGGCAACAUCAUCGCGCUCUGGAGCGCCCCCAUCGCCAUCGCCGCUCUCGUCUUCGCCACCUCCGUCCUCCUCGGUGUCCGCCUCGACGCCGGCCUCGUCUUCACCGCCACCUCCUUCUUCAAGAUCCUCCAGGAGCCCAUGCGCAACUUCCCCCAGUCCAUCAUCCAGGUCUCCCAGGCCAUGGUCUCUCUCGGCCGUCUCGACUCGUACAUGACGAGCGCGGAGCUGGACGAGGGCGCGGUGGAGCGGGGACCGGCGGUGGGGGCGGGGAUGACGGCCGUGCGGGUGAGAGGUGGGGAGUUCGCGUGGGAGGAGGAGGAGGAGGCGGCAGGGCAGCAGGCGGUGCUGCGCGGGAUCGACAUCGACGUCCGCGCUGGCACGCUGGCGGCCGUCGUCGGCAUGGUCGGCUCCGGCAAGUCGUCGCUGCUGGGUUGCAUCCUCGGCGAGAUGCGCAAGAUCUCCGGCGAGGUGACAGUGCGGGGGAGCAUGGCGUACGUGCCGCAGACGGCGUGGAUCCAGAACGGGACGAUCGAGGAGAACAUCCUGUUCGGGCGGGGGAUGCAGCGGGAGCGGUACAGGGAGGCGAUCCGGGUGUGCUCCCUGGACAAGGACCUGGAGAUGAUGGAGUUCGGGGACCAGACGGAGAUCGGGGAGCGCGGCAUCAACCUGAGCGGCGGGCAGAAGCAGCGCAUCCAGCUCGCCCGCGCCGUCUACCAGGACGCCGACGUCUACCUCCUCGACGACGUCUUCAGCGCCGUCGACGCCCACACCGGCUCCGAUAUCUUCCGCGACUGCGUCCGCGGCGCCCUCAGGGACAAGACCGUCCUCCUCGUCACCCACCAGCUCGACUUCCUCCGCAACGCCCACGCCAUCUACGUCAUGCGCGACGGCGCCGUCGCCCAGUCCGGCCGCUACCACGACCUCCUCCGCACCGGCACCGACUUCGCCGCGCUCGUCGCGGCCCACGAGUCCUCCAUGGAGCUCGUCGAGAGCGCCGCGCCCGGUCCUUCGCCGUCGCCCGCGGGCAACCUGCCGCUCUCCCGCCAGCCGUCGUCCGCGCCCAAGGAGAGGGAGAGCGCGUCGUCGAACGGCGACAUCAAGACGGCGAAGGCGUCGUCGCGGCUGAUCAAGGCGGAGGAGCGGGCGAGCGGGCACGUGAGCUUCACGGUGUACAGGCAGUACAUGACGGAGGCGUGGGGGUGGUGGGGGCUGAUGCUGGUGCUCGCCGUGUCCGUGGCGUGGCAGGGCUCCACCAUGGCCGCCGACUACUGGCUCGCCUACCAGACCUCCGGCGACGCGUUCCGGCCCGCCCUCUUCAUCAAGGUGUACGCCAUCAUCGCCGCCGUGUCCGUGGUGAUCGUCACGGUGAGGUCCCUCCUCGUCGCCACCAUCGGCCUCGACACCGCCAACAUCUUCUUCAGGCAGGUCCUCAGCACCAUCCUCCACGCCCCCAUGUCCUUCUUCGACACCACCCCCUCCGGCAGGAUCCUCACCAGGGCGUCAUCGGACCAGACGAACGUGGAUCUGUUGUUGCCGUUCUUCGUGUGGAUGAGCGUUUCCAUGUACAUCACGGUGAUAGGCGUGGUGAUCAUGACGUGUCAGGUGGCCUGGCCUUCGGUCGUCCUCGUCGUACCCUUGCUCAUGCUCAACCUCUGGUUCCGGAAAUACUACAUCUCGACGUCGAGGGAGCUGACCAGGCUGGAGUCGAUCACCAAGGCUCCCGUGAUCCACCACUUCUCGGAGACGGUGCAGGGCGUCAUGGUGAUCAGGUGCUUCCAGAAGCAGGACAACUUCUUCCACGAGAACCUCAGCCGCCUCAACGCCAGCCUCAAGAUGGACUUCCACAACAAUGCAGCCAACGAGUGGCUCGGCCUGCGGCUGGAGCUCAUCGGAAGCCUUGUCCUCUGCGUCACCGCCUUGCUCAUGGUCACGUUGCCGUCCAACAUCGUCCUUCCAGAGUAUGUCGGUUUGUCGCUCUCGUAUGGCCUGUCACUUAACUCGGUGAUGUUCUGGGCCAUUUGGUUGAGUUGCAAUAUUGAAAACAAAAUGGUCUCAGUUGAGAGGAUAAAGCAGUUCACGAACAUCCCAUCUGAGGCAGAAUGGAGGAUCAAGGAGACUGCUCCCUCUGCAAACUGGCCACACAAAGGCGACAUCGAUAUCAUUGAUCUCAAGUUUCGGUACAGGCACAACACUCCCCUAGUGCUGAAGGGCAUCACGCUAAGCAUACACGGAGGGGAGAAGAUUGGUGUGGUUGGGAGAACUGGCAGUGGGAAAUCGACGCUGAUCCAGGCAUUGUUCAGAAUAGUUGAGCCUUCUGAGGGGAAGAUAAUCAUCGACGGCAUCGACAUCUGCACGCUAGGGCUCCAUGAUCUGAGGUCUCGGUUCGGCAUUAUCCCUCAGGAGCCUGUCCUCUUCGAAGGGACGAUUCGAAGCAACAUCGACCCGCUUCAGCUGUACUCUGAUGAUGAAAUUUGGCAGGCCUUGGAACGUUGUCAGCUGAAAGAUGCAGUGACUUCAAAACCCGAGAAGCUUGAUGCAUCAGUUGUCGACAACGGCGAGAACUGGAGUGUUGGGCAGAGGCAGUUGCUGUGCCUUGGCCGAGUGAUGCUGAAGCACAGCAGGAUACUGUUCAUGGACGAGGCCACUGCUUCAGUGGAUUCCCGAACCGAUGCCGUGAUUCAGAAGAUCAUCCGGGAAGAGUUCUCAGCCUGCACCAUCAUCAGCAUCGCGCACAGGAUACCGACGGUCAUGGACUGCGACAGAGUCCUGGUCAUCGAUGCCGGCCUAGCGAAGGAAUUUGACAGUCCUGCAAACCUGAUCGAAAGGCCAUCACUGUUUGGAGCAUUGGUUCAAGAGUACGCAACCCGGUCAUCCGAUAUAUAACUAAUGAUGAGAUGAGCUGAUUUUUGACUCAGAAUUUGGGAGGAAAUAAGGGCGACGGAUGGCCACCCAAGCUGAUCUAGUGCUCUCUCCACACUGUGAGAUGCUUUUCAAUUUUUAUGAGCAGUGAGCCUGUGAGUAGUAAGUAGCGUGAGAAGGCACCAGGAAAAGAAAUACGAAAAAAAAAACGCAGGUUUCGGUGUAUUGUUUAGCACGUGUUCAGCGCGUGCACUGUGAAAGCUAUGAUGCUUUGUGUAACAACGAUGAGAUGAAGUUAAUUCAAUUAAUAUAUUGUUACCGUGGAAAAUUUUCAGUCAA